AUGGUGGCGGUGUGGUGGCUGGCAGCAGCAGCGGUGCUGGUGCUGCUGGUAGAGCACGCACUGGCCCUGAAUUCGGACGGGUUGAGCCUGGUGGCAUUCAAGCGCGGCAUCUUCAGCGACCCCGAGAGAGCGCUGUCGGACUGGGACGAGUCGGACGCCACCCCGUGCCGGUGGAGCGGCAUCAGCUGCGCCAGCAUUCGUGGCGAGUCGGAGCCGCGCGUGCAGGGCGUCAUGCUGGCCAAGAAGCAGCUGGUGGGAUCCAUGUCGCCCGACCUGGGCUCGCUCUCCUACCUCGAGCACCUCAACCUCCGCCAGAACCAGCUCAUUGGGGGCCUCCCGCCCGCGCUCUUCAACGCCUCGGCCCUCCAGACGCUCCUCCUCUCCGACAAUGAUCUCUCGGGGCCCCUGCCCGCCUCCAUCUGCGGCACCGCCGCCAGCCUCGACACGCUCGAUCUGUCGGGCAACGGCUUCUCGGCCACCAUACCCGACUCCAUCGCCUCGUGCACCGCCCUCCACUCGCUCGUCCUCAGCGGCAACCGCCUCACGGGUGGCAUUCCUCUGGGGCUGUCCCGGGCGCCACUCCUCCGCCUGGAUCUCUCCAGCAACCGGCUGACGGGCGCCAUCCCCGACGACCUUGGCGGCUUGCUCCAGCUGCAAGGCACGCUCAACCUCUCGGACAACAACCUCUCGGGCCCGAUCCCGCCAUCGCUGGGCAGGCUCCCGAUCUCUCUCAGCAUAGAUCUCAGCUUCAACAAUCUGUCGGGUCCCAUUCCACUCAACGGCACGCUGUCCAACCAAGGACCCACUGCCUUCCUCGGCAACCCGGGCCUCUGUGGGCUCCCGCUCAAGACCAAGUGCGACGACGCCGCCACCACCCCGCACGGCGUGUUUGGAGGUGGAGGUCCGUCGGGCUCUGGCCCGCCUAGCACGAGUGCGGGCACGAGCACGAGCACCAACACGAGCACGGCCUCCACCCGCAACAGUGGUGGCCGGCUUGGCACCAAGCAGGUUGUAGCCAUCGCUGUGGGCGACUCAGUGGGCAUCUUGGUCAUUGCUUGCGCUCUCACGUACUGCCUCUACUGUAGGAGGAAUGGCAAGGGGUCCAAGACAUCCAGCUGCAAGGGCAUCGGUCAUCGAUGCUGGCCAUGCUGCUCCUGCUGCUGCUGUGCCAGCGCUAGAGGUGACAAGUCGGAGUCGGAGGACACGGACAAUGAGGAAGGUGGCGGCAACAACGCCAGCAUGCACAAGCAUCGCGUGGUCGGCAGCGAGAGUGGCGAACUGGUGCACUUCGACCAGGAAUCCGAGAAGCAGUUCGAUCUGGAUGCGCUCCUGCGCGCGUCUGCCUACGUGCUUGGCAAGGGCAGCUCCGGCAUUGUGUACAAGGCCGUCAUGGAUGGCGGCCUCACGGUGGUGGUCCGAAGGCUGGGAGCGGAGGGAGAAUUUGGAGCGGGCGUGGAUGCCACCACCAGUAACCCCGCCUCUAAGAAGGUGGUCAAGGAGUUUGAGUCGGAGGUGAAAGCAAUCGGCUCGCUGUGCCACCCCAACGUCGUUGCAUUGCGAGCCUACUACUGGGGAAUGAACGAGAAGCUGCUCGUCUACGACUUCAUGCCCAAUGGGAGCUUGGCAGCCGCCAUGGAGCAGCACCAACAGCACUGGAUCCGCUUGCAAGACAGCACCCAGCACCAGCAGCAACAAGCAGCGAUCUCGGCAGCGGACGACGAGUGGCUUCUGUCGUGGCCGCAGAGGCUGAGCAUCGCCAAGGACGUAGCUCGCGGCCUGUCCUUCCUCCACGACGGCACGGCAGCACGCAUGAGAAACAUCCACGGCAAUCUCAAGCCGUCCAACAUACUGCUGGAUGCCAACCGCGCGGCCCGCAUUGCCGACUUCGGUGUCGUGCGGCUCACCGAGAUCCUGGCCUGCCACGACACGCUCUCCUCCUCCACGUCCUCCCUGCGCUCGGACGUGGCGCCUGGCAACAGGUCCUCCAGGUCCAACGUGGACGUCCCCACCGCCGUGGACCAGCACCUGGACGUGGGUCCAUCCUGCGGCGGAAGCAGCUCCAGCCUGAGCUUGUACUCGGCCACCGCGUCCAUCUACCGGCCACCCGAGGCGGCGCAUCCCAAUUCCCGGCCCACGCACAAGUGGGACGUCUACUCGUUCGGUGUGAUCCUCAUGGAGAUGUUAACCGGCUCGGCAUCUGCGCACCUGGCCUCUUCGGACGUGGACAUGGUGCUGGCCGUGAGGAGGAUGCUGCUGUCUUCCUCCUCCAAAUACUCCGUUGCAAGCUUCGAUGGGGAUCCGCUCUUGAAGCCACCUGCUGCUCCGCACGGCGGUGUCGAUUCAUCAAACAGUGCGAGCAGUACGAGCAGCAGUAAUGCCAAUGCCACAGGGAGCAGCAGUAGCAGCAACAGCAUGACAACGACGAUGCUCAUGGCUGGCAUCCGUGCCGAAGCGGAGGCCAUGGAGCUGCUGCAGCUGGCUCUGCGCUGCGUCUCUUCGUCUCCAGAGCAGCGGCCCAAGAUGAAGCAUGUCGUCGAGUCCCUGUCCAAAGUUGGUACCACCUGAUGGUGAUCAAAUUCAAUUCCCCGCUA